AUGCAGGGCCUUGGCAAGGAAAACCACAGUUUGGUGUCCGAGUUCAUCCUCCUUGGCUUCUCCAGUGAGUCACAGAUUAGAGUGGCUCUGUUCAUCUUCUUUCUCCUGCUUUACCUUGUCACCCUCCUGGGCAAUGGUCUCAUCGUCACCCUGAUCUACCUAGACUCCCAGCUCCACACACCCAUGUACUUCUUUCUCAGUGUUCUCUCUCUGGUGGACAUGAGCUAUGUUACCACCACUGUGCCCCAGAUGUUGGUUAACAUGGUGUGUCCGAGAAGGACCAUCUCCUGGGGUGCUUGUGUAGCCCAGAUGUUCAUCUUCCUGGUCCUGGGCAUUGCUGAGUGUGUUCUCUAUGCCAUUAUGGCCUAUGACAGAUACGUUGCUAUCUGCUUUCCCCUUCACUAUUCCCUGCUCAUGAGCCGCCUCAUUUGUAUCAAGAUGGUCACUGUCUGUUGGUCUAUCAGCAUCAUGGGGGCUCUGGUCUACACUGUCUUCACCAUGCGUCUGCCUUACUGUGGUCCCUAUCAGAUAAACCACUUCUUCUGUGAGGUCCCUGCUGUCCUGAAGUUGGCCUGUGCAGAUACCUCCUUCAAUGACCGCCUGGACUUCAUCCUGGGUUUCAUCCUGCUUUUGGUCCCACUCACCCUCAUCCUGGCCUCCUAUGCCCGCAUCUUCAUCUCCAUCUUAAGAAUCCGCUCAUCCCAGGGAAGGCUCAAGUCCUUCUCCACAUGUGCCUCCCACAUCACUGUGGUCACCAUGUUCUAUGGGCCAGCCAUGAUCAUGUAUAUGAGGCCUGGCUCUUGGUAUGACCCAGAGCGAGACAAGAAGCUGGCUCUGUUCUACAAUGUCGUCUCUGCCUUCCUCAACCCCAUUAUCUACAGCCUCCGGAACAAGGAUGUGAAGGGGGCCUUUCUGAAAGUCCUGGGAGACAGAGCGAUGGCUCAAUGA